AAUAAAAAAGACAAUGAUGAAAUUAAGCAAAAAUCAAGAAAAAAAAGUUUACAAUCUACAAAUUACACAUCACAUUACUAUCCUGGCACUGAUUCACAACCUGGCGAACCUAAAGAUAAAAACAAAAUUAAACAAACUACAAGCCAAAUACCACAUUAUUGUCCUAGUGCUAAUUUCAUGAUUCAGCAAAUCUUAGAAGACAAUAGCAGAGUUAGUGAACAAGAUUCAAAAAAAAAACUAUACACAAAAGAACAAACUACAAGCCAAGUACAACAUUAG